CCCAAGCGGGGCUGAUCUCGGAGGGGCGGGGUAAACAACUCGCGAUUUUCCCCUUUGCCUCGCUGACCUUUUUCCUCUCGAUCACUCGUCCAGAAAUCACCUCCACUACUCGAUUCCCAUCGAUCAUCUCAUCCCGCAGAUUAGUCACUCAACCCUCAUCUUUCAACCAAAUUCAUCAUGUCCGGACACGCCGGUUGCCCCAAGUGCAGUGCGCCCAUCGAGGGCGGCACCAAGACCUGCGGCUCGUGUGGCGCGGCCUGCCCCGUUUAAACGGGUUGAUAGCGUCGCCUGGCGCAUCAUGGCAGACGGCGUGGCUUUAGGGAACUGAGUGAUAAGGAUGGAAGGAUAGGCUAGUUUUGGGCUAUGAGAUACCCGGUGGAGACAGCAAGAUUAUGAAGGGAGAAUGAAUUACUCCGUUAUCUACUACA